GCAACAAGUGAGUCACCGCCUGAUUUGUGCAGUUGUUCAGUGGACGCUUUAAUAGCUACUCGCUGUUUUCGCGAUUUUCCACCUUCCUUUAAAAUUUUAAAACGACAUCGUUAAUAAAACGUAAUAAACCAUAAUGUCUCACACGGUCACCAUCACAAGGACUACCGCGACGACGUCUGGGACAGCACUGUUUGUGAACACGGGCUACCUCGGCACUCUACCUGGAUUACUUAAACUAGCUCAAUUGCUCUUGGGUGCAGCGUGCGUCGGUGUGGUCGGCCAUUACUUGAUGCCAUUUUCAAGAUACAACCAAAAUCCAGAGCUGUUCUUCCUGCUGGUUUCAGUAUCGUUUUUAAUAGGAACCUUCUGUUUACUAACGUCAUGCUUAGUAUCAUUUAGUACGGCUUCUAUGAUAUCUAAAACUAUAUACGAGGUAAUCUACCACGGAAUAGCAUUUGUGUUAUAUCUCGCAGCUGGCUUAACUCUUAUGAUUGAAGUAAAUCACGAGAAGAGAAAUUAUGGCAGAGAUUUCGAACCUUACCUGGCGGCAGCAGUUAUGGGACUAGUAAUGGCAGUUCUAUAUUUACUAAGUACAUUUUUGGCAAAUCGAUCAUACCGAGGAUUAUAAAUGACAAUACUGUUAAUACGGGUGUAUUGUUUAUCACCACUGCUUUAAAUAAUUCUUCUUUGAUGUUGCAUUUGUAAGAGAUAAUAAGAUGUUUGUAGUUAUAAUGGUACAGUCUUUAAUCAUUAUCUGAAGAAUACCUAGUAAUUAAGGACUUUAAUACUUUUUUAAUUGAAUACCGAUCGAACUGCUAAGUGCAUGAAGUCUUCCCCUGAAUCGCCUGAAUAAGUAUAUAAAUACUGGUCCGAUUUGAAAAAUUCUUUCAGUGUUAGAUAGCCUAUUUAUUGAGGAGGGCUAUGGGCUACACAUGUACCACGGUCGAAGCCGGGGCAGACCACUAGUAUAAAACUAGAGUAAUACGUGUAUAUUUUUUACUUUUAUAUAGUUAUAGGCUGUCUAACACUGAAAGAAUUUUUCAACCCGGAUCAGUAGUUUAUUAGAUUAGCGCGUUUAAACAAACAAACUCUUCAGCUUUAUAAUAUUAGUAUAGAUUUGUAUUGGUGUUGCAAUUUUUGAAAUGUGUGCCUUUUACAGAUUAAGCCAAGAUAAAUGUACUUAAUUUAUUGUAUGAAUGUAAUAUUUAAUCUGUUAGCAAAUAGCACAGUGACAGUGCAUACGUGUUGUAAUAAUUGAUGUGAUUUAUGAAGCAUUGUUUGAUAUUUUCGUAAUAAUGAUCCUGUCCUAGUGUAAAAUAACUAUUUAUUAUUAAUAUUUUUUUUAUGUGUGACUAUUCAAAAAACAAAUAUAAUCGAAUCUUGUUGUAAUAAAA